UCAUGUGACAGAUAGAUGAUAGAAUUAUUUGAGGUUAGGUGAUUGAUACUUAUUUUAAAACCCAUUUUUGACAAAUUUGAAAUUAUGGGAAAGAAAAAGAAUGAGUAUGGCCACCUGUCAAUCGAAGAGCGAAAAGUUAUUACUGUGACCGAAGUCGUUCGGGAACUGAUCACAGCCCAUCAAUUGAGAAAAGACAUUAACUUAAAUGCCCUGAAACAUAGAAUAUCUUCAAAGUAUGGCCUUGACACAUCUCCACGUUUAGUCGAUAUAAUUGCUGCUGUUCCACAAGCUUACAAGAAGAUUCUAGUUCCUAAGUUGUUGGCAAAACCUAUUAGAACUGCCAGCGGGAUUGCUGUAGUAGCUGUGAUGUGUAAACCCCACCGAUGCCCCCACAUAAAUUUGACAGGAAAUAUUUGUGUAUAUUGCCCAGGUGGGCCUGAUUCUGAUUUUGAAUACUCAACUCAAAGUUAUACAGGCUAUGAACCAACUUCCAUGAGGGCGAUUAGAGCUCGAUAUGAUCCUUAUGUGCAAACUAGGCAUCGCGUUGAACAGCUGAAACAGCUUGGCCAUUCGGUGGAUAAAGUAGAAUUCAUAGUAAUGGGUGGCACAUUCAUGAGUCUUCCUGAUGACUAUCGUGACUACUUCAUUAGGAAUUUACAUGAUGCCUUAUCGGGCCACAAAAGCAAUUCUGUGGAAGAAGCAGUGAUAUAUUCAGAAAGAUCCAAUACAAAAUGUAUAGGUAUCACAAUCGAAACAAGGCCGGAUUAUUGCUUGGAGAAGCAUUUGUCGGAUAUGUUGAAAUAUGGGUGUACGAGGUUGGAAAUUGGGGUACAGUCAGUAUACGAAGACGUGGCAUUAGAUACUAACAGAGGACACACCGUCAAGGCAGUUUGUGGUACUUUCAAACUUGCCAAAGAUGCAGGUUUCAAAGUUGUCACUCAUAUGAUGCCAGAUUUACCAAACGUUGACUAUGAAAGAGACAUUGAGCAGUUUAUUGAGUUUUUUGAAAACCCUGCUUUUCGAGCAGAUGGUUUGAAAAUCUAUCCCACCCUUGUCAUAAGGGGUACAGGCUUGUAUGAGCUGUAUAAAACAGGUCGUUACAAGAGUUACCCACCCUCAGUUCUUGUGGAUUUGAUAGCAAAAAUAUUGGCUUUGGUACCCCCUUGGACCAGAGUGUACAGAGUUCAAAGAGACAUACCUAUGCCCCUUGUAACUUCUGGAGUUGAGCAUGGCAAUCUCCGAGAGCUGGCUCUCGAUAGGAUGAAAGAUCUCGGACUGAAGUGUAGGGAUGUCCGUACCAGAGAGGUCGGAAUUACUGAAAUCCACGAAAAAGUUCGACCAAACGACAUCGAACGUGUCAGAAGAGAUUAUGUCGCUAAUGGUGGAUGGGAAACGUUUCUAAGCUAUGAAGAUCCUGCUCAAGAUAUCCUUGUAGGGUUGCUCAGGUUGCGAAAAUGUUCUAAGGAAACUACCUACCGUCCAGAGCUUCUCAAUGGUUGUUCAAUCGUUAGAGAACUUCACGUUUAUGGGAGUGUGGUCCCANUGGUGUGGAACAUCGAAGAAAGUGUUCAAGUGGCGUAUUGA